GGGAGAGCCGUGUGGAGCUUGGUCCAGGGCAGGGGCGGCGCAGCGCUGCUCCGAGCAGCCCAGCGAAGUUAGACGCAGAGCGGAGCACGAGAACCUAAAAGCCCGGAGCCGGGGUGGCUGCGGCUUGCAGCCAUGACCCCGGGAGUCCCCCCCUCCGCCGGGGGCCGGGGCAUUUGAUACCCUGCACAGCCGCUUGCAGCUGCCCCUGGAGGUAGCCACUGUCCUGCUGCUCCUGCUGCUCUCUCUCUCCCUCUCCUACUUCUUGCUUCGGCUCUCUUGCUCCAGUCACCCCGGAGUGGGGGCCCCCUCCCCUCCCUCGCCUGCCGGCUCUUCUUGCAAACUGGGGGUGUCUGGGCCAGCGGCAGAAGCCGCCGCCGGAGCCGCCGCCGCCGCCUCCCCCUCCCCCUGGCCCUGGCCAUGGCUCGGCGGGUCCUGGGACUGAGGGUCCCGAGGGCGUCCGGCGGUGUCUGCUUCAGCCUCCCGCCGCCGCCGGCACUGCUGCUGCUGCUGUUCCUGCUGCUGGGGCAGGCGCGGGCUUUUGGGGACGAAGAGGAGAGGCGCUGCGACCCCAUUCGGAUCUCGAUGUGCCAGAACCUGGGGUACAACGUGACCAAGAUGCCCAACUUGGUGGGGCACGAGCUGCAGACCGACGCCGAGCUGCAGCUCACUACCUUUACCCCGCUCAUCCAGUACGGCUGCUCCAGCCAGCUACAGUUCUUCCUUUGUUCUGUGUAUGUGCCAAUGUGCACAGAGAAGAUAAACAUCCCAAUUGGCCCAUGUGGAGGUAUGUGCCUCUCAGUCAAGAGGAGGUGUGAACCUGUUCUGAAGGAGUUUGGGUUCGCCUGGCCAGACAGCCUCAACUGCAGCAAAUUCCCCCCACAGAAUGACCAUAACCAUAUGUGCAUGGAAGGUCCAGGUGAUGAAGAAGUUCCCUUACCCCAUAAGACACCCAUUCAGCCUGGGGAAGAAUGUCAUACCAUGGGCACACAUUCGGAUCAGUACAUUUGGGUGAAAAGAAGCCUGAACUGUGUCCUGAAGUGUGGCUACGAUGCUGGCUUAUACAGCAGGUCAGCCAAGGAGUUCACUGACAUCUGGAUGGCUAUGUGGGCCAGCCUGUGCUUCAUAUCAACUGCCUUCACAGUGCUGACCUUCCUGAUUGAUUCAUCCAGAUUUUCGUACCCUGAGCGUCCCAUCAUCUUUCUCAGUAUGUGCUACAAUAUUUAUAGCAUUGCUUAUAUUGUGAGACUGACCGUGGGCAGGGAAAGGAUAUCCUGCGAUUUUGAAGAGGCAGCAGAACCAGUUCUCAUCCAAGAAGGUCUUAAGAACACAGGAUGUGCUAUAAUUUUCUUACUGAUGUACUUCUUUGGGAUGGCCAGCUCCAUCUGGUGGGUUAUUCUGACACUCACUUGGUUCUUGGCAGCAGGUCUUAAAUGGGGUCAUGAGGCCAUUGAAAUGCAUAGCUCUUAUUUCCACAUUGCAGCCUGGGCGAUCCCAGCAGUGAAAACCAUUGUCAUUUUGAUCAUGAGACUGGUAGACGCGGAUGAACUUACAGGCUUGUGCUAUGUUGGGAACCAGAACUUGGAUGCGCUCACAGGUUUUGUAGUUGCACCACUUUUCACUUACUUGGUGAUUGGAACAUUAUUCAUCGCUGCUGGCCUGGUGGCCUUAUUCAAAAUCCGAUCCAAUCUCCAAAAAGAUGGGACAAAAACUGACAAGCUAGAAAGGUUGAUGGUCAAAAUUGGGGUCUUCUCAGUAUUAUAUACAGUGCCUGCCACAUGUGUGAUUGCUUGCUAUUUCUAUGAGAUCUCCAACUGGACGCUCUUCCUCUAUUCAGCAGAUGAUUCUAACAUGGCAGUUGAGAUGCUGAAAAUCUUUAUGUCUUUGUUGGUGGGGAUCACUUCUGGCAUGUGGAUCUGGUCUGCUAAGACACUCCACACGUGGCAGAAAUGCUCCAACAGACUGGUGAACUCAGGGAAGGUAAAACGAGAGAAGAGGGGAGAUGGUUGGGUAAAGCCUGGGAAAGGAAAUGAAACUGUAGUAUAAACACAGCCAACUUGCAAGCCCCCAAGGGGGAAAUGCUUGCAUUUUGGUAGAAAUGUGUCUGUCGCACACCCCCACGCCCCCAUUUUAUACAGUAACUCCAUUUGAACAAGGCUUGUAUGUACGAGUAUGCAACACGUUAAAAAAAACCCCAACAACAACAAACAGCCCCCAAAACAUAACCAGAACAGCAUUUCUGCUGCCAGCAGUGGCGUUCUCCCAAACAGAAAGGCCAAUGGAGGCUUUCAAAGCUGUGAAAAAUCAAACCGCUGAUCACUUUAGCAGGUUGAAGUCCUGACAUUGUGUACAGCCCCUGCAGUGUUAGUGGCAAAGUUGCUGCCCCCUGCAUGGUCUGCAGUCAUCAGAACUAUGUUUUGUGACUUGCAGGGAGAAAGAUUAACUUUUUAAACCCUUUAAGAUUUGGAAUACUAACUAGGUCUUUCAAAUAGUAACCCAACCAAUAAACACUGGAAAUGUUGAGUUCAGAGAAGUGUUACAAGGGUUUUCUAGUUUGGUUUUCUCAAAGGUGUUUACAGCAUAACUUAAACAUUUUCCAUGGUGCCCAGUUUGCUCCUCAGAGCUGUGCCAAUCACACGCCCAAUGGUGAUGUAAAAAUAUUUCGUUGUCUUUGUCAAGAAAUAGGAUUGUUUGGGCAAAGAGUAAAAGCACAUAGAGGGUCCAGUGGAUUUUUCUUGUAGGUUAAAAAAACUAAACAAAACAAAAAACAAAAAACUCUAUUUCAGUAUCUCCUUAUGUUCCAGGAUGUUAAUCUUCCCAGUCCCUCUCCACCUCACAUUAAUGACUUAAAUGCAUAUCUUUAUGCUAAUUCUAAAAAAAUUACAGCAUGAUCGGGGGGUGGGGGAAUAGGGAAUUAAGGGUGAUUCACUUUCUGACAAUCACUUAAUUCAGAGAAAAACGAGAUUUACCAAGUCUACUUACCUUACACACCCCAGAGACCCAUUGCAUUGAGCAAUUAAGACUUAAUAUAUUUCACUUUGUGUGAUUGCAUCUCUGCAGACGCCAGUCUGGAAGGACUAAAAUGUUAAGUUUCUUGGCAACUUUGUGCUCACACAGAUUAACUGUGUAAUUUGUGUGUGUCAAUUACAAUUAAAAGCACAUUCUCCGACCAUGACAUAGUCCCCUGCCUGACUUAAAGCUACGGUCAGCUUGCAUUCUCAGAAUGAUAGCACAUUUUUAAAAAAACGUAAGAAUGUUAUCAGAGAGUCUGGUCUCCUCCAUUCAACAGUGGAGAUGUUUUCCCUUCUGUAAAGGGAUCUAAGGCAAGCAAAUCCAACUCCUUGGUGCACAAUUGUUUCCUAGUAAUUGGCGAUGGCUCUUGCUGGCUCCCUCAGAGGCAGCAUGGCCUGCAGUAUUUAUAUGGUGCUUAAUGAAUCUCCUGACUUCCAACAAGGACCUUGUUUGGUUAGCAGGGGACAUAGUGUAAACCAUAUAAACCUGCCGAGUGCUGAGAACUCACAGGUCUUAAUUGCCCCAUUGUUGACGAGCCCCAUGCUUUGGGCUGUUUGAAAACUUGCUUCAUAUUGAAGGAGAACGCUUUAGCAGCUUCUGGAAAAUAGCAGUUCUUUUGAAAAUGUAGCUGUCCUAAGCCUUAACCUGCCUAAGACCUUCUUUAGGUUUCUAGUCUGCUGCAAAUGCAAUGUUUGCCAUUACUGGGCAUACUUUUGUUCCUUUCCAGCCAAUUCAUAACCAGCCUUAGAUUCAGCCCCUACUUAGCAAUGGCAUUUCAUAGGUUCAUUCAUCUUUUUUUUUUUUAAACAAACUGUUCUUUAAGUAGGAAAGCCUUGGCUCCUCUGCUUUGUAUAGAAAAGUAUCCAGAGUCUCAGAAUUCCAAAUAAGUGACCAGAUUUUGGUGAAAAGAUACUCGUUUUAUUGCUUACUUCUGUCAAGUAUUGAACAUGGUGAUUGUGGUAUGAUCAGUCAGGAUCCCUGGAAAGGCUGGCGUGAAUCAGCUUAACUUAAAUCAGAGACUGUUUUGCAUGUAGAAUGAUAACCUUGAACUCCCUGUUCUGCACACAAGCAGUUCUCAUAAAUGCCCAGGGCCACCAAAUGCUGGCACAGGGGCAGAAUCUGCCCUUACUCACCUUCUACUCCAGUGCCUAGGGAGUUGAGCCUCAAAUCUGGCCUCGGGAAAGGAGGAAGAACGACUCAGGAGGGACAAGGACUUAACUAAGGCUUAGUAUGGAUGCCUGGCUGUUAACAUUCUGGAUUUUAUAACUCUUAAUCCUAACAUUUCAGUGGUCUUGUGACUUGGGCAGUCUAAUCCAGUAAGAGAGAAUACUUGAAUGAGAAAGUCAGGAGACCAGCUUUCACAUGAUGGAGUGUUGGUCAUUUGCUAGGUGCUGACAUGCUGCUCAUCAAGUCUCUUGCCUUCUAAGGUAAAAAGGCCCACAAUCAGUAGCGGUCACCUCUGCUUGCUGACUUGGAACUCUGACUGUGUAGAUCACCGUGCCAAGUUUCUUUCCUGCUGUCUUUCAAAUGAAUGAUGUAUUUAAGACUGAGAUCCGGGUGUUCUUAACCUGUUUUGUGGCAUGAACCCAUCCCUUUGGCAGAAGUUUAGGGAAGCCUAUGGACCCCUUCUUAGAAAAAUGAUUUUAAAUGCAAAAUGGAAAAGACACAAGAUUACCAAGGAAACAACUUAUAUUGCAAUGUGUUAGUAUAUUGCAACAAAUUACUUUGCAAUAUAGUUAUUAAAAUAUAUUUUUCUUAAGUACACAGACUCUAGAUUAAGAACUCUCACUACAGGCAGAGGGCUUUAGUAGAAUGAUGUUUGCAUCUGCGUUUUUAGUCUGUAAGUUGGCUUUUUGUUGUAGCCAGAGCCUCAGCCAGUCUACAUCUGCUUUGAAGCACCUCUAUUCCAUUCGGCAUUUGAACCCAAAGAAAGCCUACCAUGUAUGGAACUCUGUUGACAUAAAGGUGUACACAUUCAUUUUUAUUCUAUUGCCAGGGAUUUUUCCCACAGGAUGGCUUAAUAUUAGCCUUGUUUGGGUCUAUUGAACUGCUUUGUCCAUUUUGCAAACUGGAGUGGAGCUUCUCUGAAAGCCCAUCCAUGUGUUCCAUAGACUUUUAGUCCAGUAAAGCAAGUGGGGCCUUCCAUUCUUGACACUCACUCUCACUUCCCUGAGUGAUUUCUUUUUUUUUUUUUUAAGAUCACUCCUUAAUAUAGGAGCAUGGGCAUGGAAGGGGAGGAGGAAGCAGCAGCAACUCUGCAGGGAAAUUUUGUGGAUUGUUAUACAAAUAGCCUUCCUUUGCAAAGCUGGGAUCCAUCUCUGCUGGUUUCAGGAAGGCCAGGUAUCCUUUACCCUCCUUUUCAAUUAAAUUAAGCAUCUACAGGGGAGAUAGAAAGUUUGGAUAAGGCAUGGCCCCUGGCCUCUGCUGGGGGGAGAAGACAAAUCCAGAUGGCUUUAAUAUACACUAUUGCAUGGUAAAUGCAUCAUACAAUCGCAAACAAAGUGCUUUGUGAAUAAGGUCUGAGGGGGAAGGUAAUUCUACUGGCAGGCAAUUCCAUUUCUUUUCCUCUGUUUUGGGAUUCACUAUGACUUAUCUUGGUUAAUGUUGGGGCAGUAUCUUGCCUGGCAAAAAGCCAAAACUGCUUUUCUUCCUUUGGAACUCGGGAGAAGUUGUCAUCUGUCACUUCUGGGAAGACUCUUUGGCAGCUGGAGAAUUUAGCUAUAAAAACCAAAGCCUCUCCAUCCACUUUCGGAUGGGAAUCUACUAAACCAUUAAACCAGGCUAUUCUUGAAUCUCCACUGAGCUUCUUCCCUCUCUUCCUCCACCCUCCCCCUCCUUAGGCCAGGAUGAAUUUCAUGGCAGAAUAGAAUGAGUUACUAUUGGAGUCUGUUUGGGUGAGCAAGGUAGUCUGACUGAACUUGAUUCACAUCCUUUCCCUCUAAUGCUGACCCAUUUUCUGUCCUCUUGGACUGCUGCUGGGUUAGCAGCUUGCUCAGGUUUCCUGGAACUGGACAAAGGGGGGUGGGAAGCUUCGUUUCUAUGAGUUGCCUUUUUUUUCCUGACGUCUUCCCAUUGAUUCUCCCAUAUACUGGAGAUCUAGAUUUUGACUUGGAAGGGAACCUUAAAAGCCAUUGAAUCCAACUGUUUCAUUUUAUAGAUAGGGGAACUGAAGCACAUAGAGGUUGUUACUUGCCUAAAAUCAGGUGAAAGUGUCUAAGGCAGGAUUUUAAUCUAAGUCUUCCAGACUCCAAGUCUAGCACCCUAUUCAGUAUUCUUGGCAUCAGAUCCUGAGACUGCAUUACUAUCAAUAGAACCACAUUAAGUCCUCUAGUCCUGCUUCUUUUCCCCUUCUCUAGGCCUCAGUUCCCACAUCUGUGAAAUGGGGGAGAUGGACUAGAUCAGAAAUGUCAAACGUGCAGCCCAUUUUAAUAUGUUUUUCUAAGUUGGUAUUCAGACCCGCAGGGAUCCUGAUGUAGGUUUUAGUUUUUAUUUGAUUUUGAGAUGACCACUGAGAACUUUUCCAUCUUUACAUCUGUGAACCUAUAAUUCUAGGUUCUAGAGCAGCCACUGCCAAAGGAUAAAAAGAUUUCACCACUAUGGUGCAACCUUUGCCUGCUUAUAAAAAUGACAGCUGCAAUACUUCAAUAGGGUAGGGGAGCUGUGAAGUCCAGAGCUGGAAGAUUGAGGGAUAAACCAAGAAGAGUCUAACACAAACCUCUGUACACUGCAUGCAUGCUAUAUGGGACUCUAGAGAGAGCGCUGGAGUUAGAGUCAGGAAAACCUGAGAUCACAUUCUGGCUUGGGAACUAAUUGUUUGACUUCAAUCAAGUCACUUCACCUGUUGGAACCUCAGUGUUCUCAUCUGCAAAAUGGAAAUAGUAAUACCUCUAGUACCUUCUGGUGAGGUUCAAAUGAUAUACAAUGCAUGUAAAGUGCUUUACAAACUUUAAAGCCAUAUAUAAAUCUCAGUUAUUAUUAUUAUUCUGUGCUACAACAGGCAUGUUAGAGAGGGCUUUUGAUUUAAAUAUGCAUGCUUUAUUAUUCCUUGGCAAACUCCUUAUUCUUUUCUUUCCUGUGUUUGGGUCCAGGCCCUAACUUGGAUUUGUAUCUUGCCUGGAAAAGGGCCUAUGCUAUCCACUCCUUAGACCCAAGAUAGGGAUUCUUUACAGCUUCCAAGAGAACCCUUUGCUUGACCAGGGAGUAAAUAUACUGCCCAUUUUUUAAAGCAGUGGCAUUUAUUUGAUUUCACUAGAAUAUUUUCUCAGCCAAUCUGGUUAGUUCUACUUCCUGCCAGCCACUUGGGUAACAUAAUUUACACAGCAUGAAGUAGGCCCUUGAGAGUGGUGUUAUAACAAAGGUCCUGCUGUAAUGCUUUCUUUUGCUAAGGCUAACUGGCCCUGAUGGCAGUGACUUGGGCCGCAUUUAAGCUUCUCUUUUUUUUCUUUUUCCUCUUUAAAUUGGCAGAGUUUGCAGUAUUGAUUCAAGGUAGGCCCCGAGUAGAGAGACUUGGCUCAAAUUCAUUCAUUUUCAUUAUGCUUGAAUUUCUCCUUGGUCUUCCACAGUGUUUGAAAUCAUCAACAUCAUUCAAUGUGGCAUUUAGGUAGACUGGUGCUUUUGGUUUCUUCAUUGCUGGGUUCGUCUGUCCCCUCUCUACUUUGAUUAAGAGAGCUUCUGGCCAAUGAAGGGCUGAUGUCCAUUUUUGAUUUCAGGUGGUCUUUGUUUCAGAAAUGUUUUUAUCCCAGCUCUGUUGUUGACCUUCUACUGUUUGAUUGUAAAGUCUAUGAAGGCUGAGGUCAUGUCUUCCUCAGCACCUGUCACUGGAGUCCUGUAAAUGGAAGGUGCUUUCUCAUUUCAUAUUUGUUGAGUGAAAGAAUGAUUGACUCAGUUAGUGCACCUAAGUGUAGGUCAGUUACUCAAACCACUCAGUGCCAGAGUCGCUACCUUUGGGUAUUGCCUGGCUCCCACCUACCUCGAAGGGAUAUUGUGAGUGAGGUUUCAGGAGUGUCAACACUGAAGGCCUUUGAGCUCCUUUGAAGGAAGGUGUGAAUAUUGACUGCAUUUAGAAGAGGGGACAACUGAAAUGUGACUAGCCCUAUUGUAAAUGGCAUUGCAGCCAGUAGCCAGGUAGCCAGCUCUUGUAUCCCCUCUUCCCACCCAUACUGUCAGCCAUCUGGAGACCAACCUGUGAAGGUUCUGAGAUGUUGGACAUAGAGGUACCAGGAUGAUAGUCUAUUAAACAUAUCCCGAAUGAAUUUCUGAACUUCAUAGACAAUGGACACUGAUGUUUUUUAGGAUGUACAAAAGCAUAUCUGCAUUAAUGUAUGUACUGUAAAUUUCUAAUUUAUCACUGUACAAAAGAAACUUUGCUAUUUAAUUUUUGUAUCAAAGGAAAAUAAAGUUUUGUUUAUUA